GAUGACUUUUUUUUUGUUGAUGAGUGUCACAUAGUGAUACAUAGUGUUUCAUGCACACCAUCCAUGACGUAGAGAUAUGAAUGCGAGCGCUGACUAUGCGGCCUGCCUCGAUUGCCUUGUCAAGUUGAAAGUUAAACAUUUAAUGGGGUUUACUGUACUACAGUAAAAAAGUCCGUCAAGCUGGCGUCGUUAAAGCAAAUAAAUCGUAAAAACAAUAAUUACAAUAAUAAUAACACAAAUAAUCUAAGCAACUAUUCUAACAAUAUAAUGUGGAGUAGUACAAUAUCGCCAACAAACUCGAAAAAACUAUUAAUCAAUAGUUCCCGAAGCGUUGAUUAUGUCGGUAAUAGUACAACAACAGCGGCAGCGAGUACAAAAACAUCAACAAAAGCAUCCGGAGUUGGAACAGGAGCGAAAGGAGCAGGAAUCAAAGCAAGUGGAACAACAACCAAGAUUUCAAUUGAAAUGGAACUUCAUAUACAAAAUAAGUGCAUUUCGGCAUAGCGCAUCACUCUGGAGGAGCCGCCAUGGCUGCAGGGCCCCCUUAAAGCCGCAUUUUUGGGGGCUACUGGCGUUGGCAAAACAAGCAUAUUACAGCAAUUUUUCUACCAUGACUUUCCGAAUACUUAUCAAACAACAACUCGGCGAAAGAUUUACAAGAACUGUUUGGUUUGCGAUACCUGCAUACGUGAGCUAAUGGUACUAGACGUUCCGCCCCAGAAGCGAUUUCCGGCUGAUAACUUUGCUGAAUGGAAUAAUGGACAUCCGCUGGGGCUGCGAACGGUGCACGCUUAUGUCCUAGUCUAUGACAUGGGCAAUUUGGAAACGUUUCAGUAUUGCCGCUCUAUGAGAGAUCAAAUUUUGGACAGUUUCAGUCAUCGUGAUUUUAGCAUAAUUGUGGUUGGCAAUAAAUAUGAUAAUGUGUCUGAGGCGCAGGCCAACUCGCAGGAGCUCAAGGAUAUUUCCACACUGGUCCGCAAACACUGGCGCUGUGGCUAUGUCGAAUGUUCGGCGCAAUAUAACUAUAAAAUCGGAGACGUUUUUCGUGAGCUAAUGGGAUGCACUAACAGCGGCAUUAGUGUCACAACUGUUGGCCCCAGAGCCGGUGGCGUUGUUGGAAGUGGUUUGGUUGGCACUGAGUACUCACAAUCAACUAGGAAUAAGGGACGCUGUACAAUACUUUAGCAACUGUUGCAUAAGUUUUUUAAGCAAAUGUUUUGAUCUAGUGCGUAAAACAACCCGAAAGAAUCUUUGGGUCUUCCACCGUUUUGUGUUUUUAGUUAUUUUAUUUUUCCAAGUGAAACUUGGGCUGAUGCAUGAUUUAGCAAAUAUCCUUUCUAGUCGGUCAAAUGGGAAUAUCCCCUUCUCCCUAUUGUCUUCUUUUUAGCCAUUAACAGAAUACUUUAGUUUUUGUUGCUUUUAUGAACGCUUUUUGAUUUUGUUCAUCAAUUUCUAUAUCUCUUUAUUUCCUAAAAUACUACAAAGCGUAUCAUUUAAAUGGCAUCGUUUACACUUUUGCACAACUCUAAUAUUAUGCAAUGACAUGAAUAUGCAAUAAAGAACAAUUUUAGGUUUUCUUUCGAUUGCGACUGCUUAAAACGAAGCGAACCUAAAAGGUUACUUUUUUUGAGUAAAUAAAUGCUCCAGCGACUUAUUUGAUGAUAGUUAAAUCACGAGUUUCGUUUUUCAACAAAUUUUCUUGUUUUGGGGCAUAAUCCGGCAUGUUACUUAUACAAUUUAUAAAUGUUUAAUUUUUUUUGUAAUGGAACGUACAUUGGUAAUUAAUCCCACCAUAAUUUACAAUACUUAGAACUUGUUAUUAAC